AUGUCACGAGGUACGCCGCGAGGAAGGGGCGGUUUUGGCGGAGGAGGAGGAUUUGGCGGAGGCAGAGGAGGCGGCCGUGGCGGCUUCGGACAACGUGAUUUCGGCCCGCCCGCGCAAAUCCUCGAAAUGGGCAGCUUCAUGCACGCGUGCGAAGGCGAGAUGGUGUGCGAGAGCAUCAACCCAAAGGUGCCACACUUCAACGCGCAGAUCUUCCUCGAGAACAAGACGGCCGUCGGCAAGGUCGACGAGGUCCUCGGCCCCAUCAACCAGGUCUAUUUCACCAUCAAGCCGACCGAGGGCAUCCAGGCAACGUCGUUCAAGCCCGGUGACAAGUUCUUCAUCGGCUCCGAGAAGCUCCUGCCGCUCGAGAAAUUCCUGCCGAGGCCCAAGCCGCCGCCGGGCAUGCCGCGCGUCAAGCGGGCUGGCGGCCGUGGAGGCGGUGGGUUUGCUGGACGUGGUGGUGGACGCGGUGGUCCGAUGAGAGGCGGUAGGGGUUCGUUUGGUGGUGGCUUUGGUGGCCGUGGCGGUGGUGACCGUGGACGUGGAGUGCGUGGUGGCAGUGGGUUUGGUGGACGUGGUGGCGGUGACCGUGGUCGUGGUGGUUUCAGCAGAGGCGCUCCAAGGGGACGUGGUGGAUUCAGCAGGGGACGUGGUUGA